GAGGGUGUGGAGAGUUAAAGCCAUGUUCAUGUUUUGUAUAUAAAGCACUUACUUUGAUUUUAUUAAUCCAGUAUAACAUUUUGCAUCAGGGUUGGAAGUUUUACAAUUUUUUAAUUCUCGAGAACGUAAUAGUCCAACUUAAUUAAUCUAGCAAAAUGUUCAAAUUGGUGGUUUUAUUGACAAUCAUUGCAUGUGCAUCAGCACUUUCCGCUGCUAAAUACCCAGCAGGUGUUGAUCCAAGCAAAUGCCCCAACUUCCCAAUCUGUGAUAACGCUGCUCUCCAUAACCAAGCCCCAGCUAACCAUUGGAAUGCACCAGCAGCUCCACAAUGGAACCAAUGGAACUCACAACCAGCUCCACAAUGGCAACCAGCCCCACAAUGGAAUGCUCAACCUUACCAUCAACCAGCUCCACAAUGGAAUGCUGCUCCAGCUCAUGCACCAGCUGGUGGUGACAAAUACCCAGCCGGAGUCUCACCUCACUCUUGCCCCAACUACCCAUACUGUGAUACAAAUGCUGGACUCGCUGGUCAUCAUGCCGUAAGAGCUUCACCUCUCCCAGGAUUCACUGAACGUCUUUAUCCAGCUGGCGUGAGUGCAGCUCAAUGUCCCAACUAUCCAGAAUGUUAAACAUCAUCUUAGAUAGGAAGUUCACAAGAAAUCACCGCCACACUGCCAAUAAAUUACCUAGAAAAUUACAUUUCCUUCAAUACAAAAAGAAUCAACUAUUUAUUAGCAUAAUAAGAUGAUGAGGAAGAAAAGAAUAAAAACUCCCACAUUUUAUAGAAAACAUGUUCGUAAAUUUGAUUAAAAUGAAUAAUUUAAAUUAUCUACAUAUUUACAGGAAAUUAA